AUGAGCGGGAACGGCGCGCGCGUGCUCGGACGCGAUGGGCUCCGAGGCGAACGUGAUAGCGCGGAGGCGACGCUGAAGGCGAUGCGGAGCGAUAAAUUUGAAUGGCUCGCGAAGUGUAGAUUCGGAGGUGAAGGGUGCGAGCUCCCCGCCUCGGAGCCGGCGGAGGUUGCGGGAGAGCGCGGAGACGAAGGGAGAAGCAAGUCGAGUAAUAUUUUCAAGGGGUUACUCCUAGGUGUGGACAUGAGAAAAGACGCCCCAGAUGAUGUGCUCUCCCGUCCCCGCGCUGACAAGAAGCGAGAGAAACCGCCAAAACCGCCGCCGCCAAAACCGACGCCGCCAAAACCGACGCCGCCAAAACCGACGCCGCCAAAACCGACACCGCCAAAACCGACACCGCCAAAACCGACGCCACCGGCGGAAAAGGAAGAUUCGGAGAGCACGCUCACGCGACUGUUGGGUGCUCUGAGCCAAGAUGACGACAGUUUUGGCGAAACUAAGAACUCAAGUCCGCUCAUCAAGCGCGUCGAUAACCCGUUAGGCGUGAGCUUUCGUGUUGACCCGUUGGCUUUGUUGCGGAGAGGCGAGACGGAAGUUGCUGGUGGCGGCGAUGUGGACGACAGUUGGCGCAUCCGAGCCUUGCAAGCCGAGGAUGCUCUCCGCAAAGAGCGCAAAUCUUGCGAGGACUGCCACACCAAGCGAGACAAGUUGGAAGCAUCGCUUGCGCGGCACGAGGAAUGGCUCAAAACUGAACGCGAGAAGACGGCGGCGUUAGGACAGGAGUUGAACGAUCUCAGAGCGCAAAUGGAUGAGAACUUGCGUGAUCUGAGCAGCAAGUCAGAGAGCGAGCGCAUCAAGUCAAAACGCGCGCUAGAUGCUGCUAUCGACGCAGCAAAUCGCGCUGCAAAAGACGCUGCGUUGGACGAACAACGCAAGCGUGACCAGAUCGAGGAUGUAAAUGCGAAACUCAAGCGACAGAUCAAGGAGCUUGAGGGCGCAAAUACGGCCGCUGAGGCUCGGAUAUCAAAGCUCGAAGAUGAACUCAAAAAUGCGUUCGAAAUCAAGUCUUCGAUUAGCGUCACGACGAUGACGAACUCGGCCUUUGCGGAGCUGGAGACCGCUAAGCAGCGAUUGGAGCUCACGAAUGAAGAACUCCUCAAGUCUCGCGAUGGAAAGUCGGCUGAAAUCGAUCGGCUGAAGGGUGAGCUUCAAGACUUGAAGGAUCAACUCAAUGCCACGAAAGGCGAGCGAGAUGAUGCACAACGCGCUUUAAAACAUGCGGAAAAGACACUCCAGUCGGAGAAAAGUGCUUUGCAGAAGGAUCUCGAGAGACAAUGUCAUACGGUGACGGUGAUCGAACGCAAGCUCAGGCAAACCACAGAGUCUCACGUUCGUGAAAUGACCUACAUUCGCUCCAAGCUCACAAAAAGUGAAGAGGCGCGCGCGACAGAUAGAAAGGUGUUUGACUCUGAACGGUCUGGUCUUCGCUCAGAAAUUGCGCGUCUCAUGCAACUUUUGGCCAAGGCGGAGUCUCGCGAGGAGCACGCGCGCAACCGCAAGCGCAUUGCUGAGGAAGAAGUAUCAGUUGCCAACGCGAAAAUUCGAGACUUGCGUAUGAGCGAUCGUCACAAUUAUGACGCUAGUCAGAGCCUGCCGGACGUCGAGAGAACGCUCGUGGAGCGAAGAAGUGGCUUAAGUUUUUCUCACCUCCUUUUGAAGAUGCAGAAUUUCGCCCUGAAAUCGCGUAUUGUCGAGUGCGUGAAUACGAUUGAGCAAUUGCGGCUCGAUUAUUCAGAGGCUCAAGUUCAAGUACGAUCGACACGAGAUUUACGUCGCGCAGAUAAUGAAAGCAACGAAGCGCUCUUCGAUGAUUUGCGCAGGCAAAACGUGGCUCUUCAUGACCAAGUUGAGAAGCUCCAAGUGGACAAGACCACUGCCGAGCAAACUCAUAGUGCGCACGUACUCAGAUCAACCGCGGUCAUCACGCAGCUGAAGCAGCGUCUGAAUGACUCAGAGGCUGCAAUCGUUGCAACGCGACAAGCGAGUAGCGACGCACUUUCGGCUUUACAAAAGAUGUUUGACGAGCAAAAGACAUCAUCUGCGGAGGCGUUGGCAGCGAUUGAGGAGACACUUAAGGCGAAGGAUACUGACAUGCUCGCUUUACGAGAGGAGUUGGCAUCAAACGGCCGUAUGAUUCUCGCAGAAUCGGAAAAUGGCGCAGUUCUGCGGAAGCGCAUCACGGCUUUGGAACAAGAGCUUGAUGAAAAAUCUGCUGAACUGUCAAAAAGUCGUGCGGCUCUCAGCGUGGCGAAAUGGCGCGCGUCUAUUCGCACAACUACCCUCAAGAGUGCCAACGACGCCCUCGUACUCUCGCUGGACAGUUUGAAGAGCGAAAUUCAAAGUAUGAACGAGCUUCGCAGGAAGGACUUGCAACGUAUCACGUCUCUUGAGGAUGAGCUUACCGGACGCCCUAAUUUUUCGCAGGAUGAUGGCGCUCUGCCAUCAACAAACACCACUGAUGAACAGACGAUCGCAACGUUGGAAAAGAAAUGUAGGGAAUUACGAGCGAAGAAUGACGAGGAUGUUGCAAAGUAUAGGAGACUUCUCAGGGAGAAGGAGAAGGAAUCAGUUCAACAGAAGCAAGACGAAAUCAUGAAGCUUCGGGAGGCGCACAGCAUCAUCAAUACGCAGGCGUUAGAUUUGAGCAGACUUGAAGCGAAGAACGCACAACUUGAGUCGGCUAUUUCGGAGUGCACUAAAACGGCCAGUUCAACAGAGCAGCAAAUGAUCGCAUCGAGAAAGUCUCUGUUGGCGAUGCAGCGGCGCUGUGACACUCUCGAGAAGGAAAGAGUUGAACUCCAACAGAAGAUGACCCUCGAUCCUGCAGCUAGCUUGGUUUCCAGAGAGCUAGAACUUGAGGCUCAGUUGACCAAGCUUAGGAUCCAGAACGACUCCAAGUGCCUCGAACUUGAGACUAUCGAAAAGCGACUGCAAGGAGAACGCGCGAAUGACAUCAAAGAACUGGAGCAGAUGGUUGAGUUUCUGCAGCACAAUUUGAGUUCGAUGACAUCAAUGCGUGACGAGGCGAAAUCUGAAUUGCAACAGCUCGCAAAUGAGCUGCGCGUUCUCAAGCAACAAUGCGUAAAAAACGAAGAGUUCGCGACUUCACGAGAACAAGAAAUGUCCCAUUCUCUAAAAACCCUCAGGAGCUCUCUUGAUGCGGCAGUCAAAGGAUCUGCCUCUAUCCAGCGGCAUCAUGAUGCGCUACAAAAGAAGGCAGAUGCUCAGAACAUUGAACUCACCAAGCAAAAUGAUGAACUGCGCGACAUCAUCGCGAAACUUAGGGCCGAAUACAAAGCGGGCAUGGAUCAACGAGAUCAGCGUAUCGCUGCCCUCGAGAAGAGCAAUGAAGAGUACGAGGCGUCUAUCAAUGAGAAAACUACGAAGUAUUCACGAGAUCUCGAGGAUGAGAUGAAACAUCUUCAAAACACCGUCGUCAGCGAGCAAAAGUCGUACGCAGCAUUUGUGAAAGCAACGAAGAGAGAGCGCGCUAAAAUGAGAUGGGUCGCACUGCGCGACAAACUGCGUAUGCGGCAAAGACACGCAAACUACUACGGCGUUUCGGUUGACUUCGCCAAGUCCUUGAAGCGCCAACUCGUUGAACACGGUUACGAGGCGACGAAAACGUGCCGUUCGAUGAGUGCUGAAAUUGAGAAGCUCAAGAAAGAGCUCGAGGAGAUGAGAAGUGGUAAAGAUUCGUUGGCUGAAGUCAUCAAAGAACAUUCUGCCGAUAGUAGCUCAAAAUUAGCUCUUAUUCGCUGGGAGUACUUGGUACGUGCGCUUCGGCUUCAAAAUCGACAUCGUCGAUUCUGCGAGCACGCGAAUCAGUUCGCGGGCGCCCUUAAGAACGAAAUUCAAUCCGCCGAAGCAAUCAAGUUCAAGAACUCGGCCGCAUUGGCCGCUCGUGAUAAUCGCAUCCAGGCCUUAGAGGACAUGGUAAACGAUUAUCAAUCCUCCAUGCACGAGGCGAAGACGGCCUAUUCAAGUUCACUGGAGAAAGAGAUCAUAGACGUGCGUUCGCACGCAGAUGUUUUGCGAUCAAAACUGAUACAGGCCCGUUGGUCUUGGAUGUGUUUGGCCCUUCGAUCGAAGAAACGACACGAACGCUACUUGACUGUCUCAAAAGAUUUCAGUAAAUCAAUGAAGGCUGAGCAUAGUUAUCUCGCAGACACAUACACGAAGACUGUCCGAUCUCGCAAUGAUUCGAUCGCCAAACUUCAGAAGCAACUCGACGAUGCAACUCAAACAACAAAGAUACUUCGAGAUGAGAUUGAAUCGUUGAAAAAAGACGCCAAGACCACUGCCAAACAGGCUGUCGAGCGCGACAAAUGCGUAAAAGAUCUGAACAGCACUAUCGAAGAACUCAGGCAACAACUGAAGGAGGCGUCGGCUAACGUGCAGUCUCUCAAAAAGACAUUAUCGGAUGCAAACGGCGCCUUGUCUGAUGCACACUUAUCCCUGGACCGGAGCAAAUCGAAUCAAGCCGUGCUUCGGUGGCACUUUACUUUCGCCUUGCUGAAAAGCAACGCCCGACGACAUCGUCACGCUUCAAACUGCAAACACAUCAUAGGCGCGCUGAGACGUGAAAUGAAAGAGUUUGGUGCAACUCGCGUGGCCCACCGCAUGAUUCUCGCGAGUCGAGACAAGAGAAUCAGUACUCUGGAAGAGGUUAUUCAGGGCUAUCAAGAAUCUUUGCACGAGCAGCAGACUUCGUACUCAAGGAAGCUCGAAGACGAACUUGGAGAACUUCGAGAUAGAGUCAACCAAGAAUCUCAAGCGCAUGUUUUGUCCAUGGCCGCGAUGAAGGCGUCGCGAACUCAAACUCGAUGGGUCACGUUUUGCCGCGCGCUGCGUUUCAGACAAAGUCACAUUCGCUUCUUGCAAGUAUCUCGCGAGUUCGGUUUUUCAAUGAAAACGGAGUUCGGCGUGUACGUGGAGUCGGCCACAAAUACUAUCCGCUCUCUCGGUGGGGACAUCGACAAGCUUAAGAAGGACCUUGACGAAUCCGAUGCGAAACGAAGAGCUCUCGAAGAUGACAUGGGCAAGACUCGAAAGCAACGUGACGAUGUGGAAAAGGCGCUGGAUAUUGAACGUAGGAAGAGUUCGGCACAUAGUGGGCAGCUUGCGCAUGCAAAAAAGUCGUAUGAGCAAGAGUUGGCUAAUGUCAGAAAACAACUUGAGAACGAGAUUGCAAAAAAUGCAAACUCGAAGAAGGCUUUGGAUGCCCGAAUCAAUGAACUUCAAGCGCUUGUGGCUUCGUUAGAGAAAGGCAAUGCAGAACUCCAGGCGAGUGCUGAGCAGACGAAGUCGAGACUAUCAAGGGAAGAGGCGAAGUUGCGAUCCGAUCUCGCUGCGAUUCAAAAUCGUUUCGAGAAGCUAAAGAAGGACCUUGACGAAUCCGAUGCGAAACGAAGAGCUCUCGAAGAUGAAAUGGGCAAGACUCGAAAGCAACGUGACGAUGUGGAAAAGGCGCUGGAUAUUGAACGUAGGAAGAGUUCGGCACAUAGUGGGCAGCUUGCGCAUGCAAAAAAGUCGUAUGAGCAAGAGUUGGCUAAUGUCAGAAAACAACUUGAGAACGAGAUUGCAAAAAAUGCAAACUCGAAGAAGGCUUUGGAUGCCCGAAUCAAUGAACUUCAAGCGCUUGUGGCUUCGUUAGAGGAGGGUAAUGCAGAACUCCAGGCGAGUGCUGAGCAGACGAAGUCGAGACUAUCAGGGGAAGAGGCGAAGUUGCGAUCCGAUCUCGCUGCAACUCAUAAACGUUUGUCCCAACUUUCAAACGAUCAUUCAAAGCUGAAGGAUGAUAAAGCAGAUGAGUGUGCAAAACUUCGAUGGAGGUUGUUGAUACUCUCCGCGAAUAUGCAGGCUCGUCACAAGAGAUUCUUCUCCGUCUCCAAAGGCUUCAGCCGCGCCGUCGCUGAGGAUCACGAGAUCAAGGCGGGUUAUGAUGCUAAGAUCAUUGAAUCUCAGAACGCUGUGAUCGCAAGGUUGAAAGAUCGCAUCGCACUUCUUGAAAACACGGAGAAACAGCUUCUUGAAGACAUCUCAGCUCUCAAGGUGCAGUCAAGUGCCGAUGAUGUCAAGUCGCGUACAGAACUAGCAGAUCUUCAACUCAAACUCACGGAAAGCAAAACCAUCAUCAACACACUCAAAGAAGAAAUUGAUGAUAUGUCUAAAGAUGCGAAGAAGCGCGCUGAUGAGGCUACACGAUUGUCGAGAAUAGAGGCGGAUGCUCUACGAGUGCGAGUGCGUGAUCUUGAGAAGAAACUGGAAAUCAGCAGUAAGGCGGCAAGAAAGAUUGAAGAGAAGCUUAAUGGUGAGAUCGAGAAGCUCCGAGAGCAGUUGGAUAAAGCGCGCGCCAAGGAUAUCCACACUAAGCGUAUUAGAGAGCUUGAGACGAAGGUGAGCAGUCAGGAGGCGUCGAUUGAUGAACUGGAGAAGCUUCUCACCACUGUCAAGCACGCUCAUCAAGACGAUAUUGAAGCAGAGCGCAAACGGAUCGGGGACCUCGAGCGUGAGCUUGAGCGCGCGCGAUUGGCGAUCCAGGAGUACGACGCAACAUUAGAAGCGGCAAAAACUGCAUCUUCUGGGAACACACAGAGCUUGCAUACCGAUAUCCAAAAUCUCCGGGAAAUGCUUGACAACGCUGAGAGUGCGAACAAAAAGCAAUUGGUGGCCGCGCGAACGAAACUAGCUAUCUUCCGUUGGGCUUGGAUGUGUCGUUUGCUUCAAUCUCGACAAAUACAUCAUCGACACGUCCAGCUGGUGAAAGCCUAUACUGCCGAGAAGCUCGUUGAUGCUCGCAGGUGGCAGGCCACAAGCGACACGACCGUCAGGUCUUUGAACGACCAGCUGCUCGAUGCGAAAGCCAAACUUGCUGAUCAUGACAAGACAGAAGCCGCAUUGCGCGAUAGUCAAGUUCGAGUGGCUGGUCUUGACGUUGAGCUCGCUGAACUUCGAGCAAAUCGUGAUAAAGCCGCAGCUGAAAGCGAUAAAGCAUUGCGCCGUCUCCAAGAUGCGAAUGCCCAGCUUGUCCGAGACAUAGAUGCCUUAACGAAGACGCACGAGACCGAGGUGGCACUAGAGAGGGCAAAUGCUGAACAGACCAAAGCAGACUAUGAAGCGCAAAUAGAAGAUUUGAAGUCAAAGAUCCGAUGCAUGGAAGACGAGGCAGUGGAACGAGAGCGCUUGGCCCAAGAAGACUUUAGGCUAGAGCUUGAAGCAGAGAGGCAGCGUAUGAAGAGUAAAGCGAACUCAGAUGCAGCAUUCGAGCAUAGUCGCGUCUUGCAAAUACGAGAGGACCUUGAGAAGCAACUUGAGGAAUUACGCAAGAGGAUGAAAGCUGACGCUGAAGCUGCAGAAGCGCGGGGUCGUCAAAUGCAGGCAGAUUUUGAGCAGCAAAUCGCGGAUCUCAUCGAAGUCAACAAGAAGGAACAUACAGUCAAUAAAUUCCGGCAUGCGAGUACUUUGGGACUGCGUGAUAAACGCAUCCAUGAACUUGAAGCGUUAUUGUUGGAAGCGCAGAGUGGAUGGGAGAUGUUGAAAUCCUCGUCAACUGGUGACUUGAUCACACUUCGCCGCGAGCUCGCUGAGUCCCGAAAUCAAAUCGAGGCACUCGAGGCUGCCAGAGAGCUGGAUAGUGAUGCAAAACGCGUGGAGGAGAUGAUUGCUCUUGAAAAACAGAUUGGCCUGCUGAAGAAUGAUCUAGAGCAAGCGAAGGCUUCUAUUGGUCAAUUGAAUUCUCAGCUUUCUGCGAAAGAUGGCGCUCUCACAAGCGCCGAACAGAACACCAAGUCAACGUGUUCCCUUUUGCGCUGGGUCUGGAUGUGUCGUUUGCUUCAAUAUCGACAAAUACAUCAUCGACACGUCCAGCUGGUGAAAGCCUAUACUGCCGAGAAGCUCGUUGAUGCUCGCAGGUGGCAGGCCACAAGCGACACGACCAUCAGGUCGUUGAACGACCAGCUGCUCGAUGCGAAAGCCAAACUUGCUGAUCAUGACAAGACAGGAGCCGCACUGAGUGGACGCGCUGCGCAAGUGGCUGAACUCGAACGUCGAAUUGCCGACCUUGAACUUGAGCUUGGUGAGCUGAGACGGGUGAGCGAGGAGGCCGCGGCGGACGGCGAGAACGAGGCACGUCGUCUGAGAGAUGCGAACGCAAACCUUGCUGCGGAGAUUGAUGGCCUCAAUGAGAAAAUCGGUUUUUUGAAUUCACAGCUUUCUGCGAAAGAUGGCGCUCUUACAAGCGCCGAACGGAACACCAAGUCAACGUGUUCCCUUUUGCGCUGGGUCUGGAUGUGUCGUUUGCUUCAAUCUCGACAAAUACAUCAUCGACACGUCCAGCUGGUGAAAGCCUAUACUGCCGAGAAGCUCGUUGAUGCUCGCAGGUGGCAGGCCACAAGCGACACGACCAUCAGGUCUUUGAACGACCAGCUGCUCGAUGCGAAAGCCAAACUUGCUGAUCAUGACAAGACAGAAGCCGCACUGAGUGGACGCGCUGCGCAAGUGGCUGAACUCGAACGUCGAAUUGCCGACCUUGAACUUGAGCUUGGUGAGCUGAGACGGGUGAGCGAGAAGGCCGCGGCGGACGGCGAGAACGAGGCACGUCGUCUGAGAGAUGCGAACGCAAGCCUUGCUGCGGAGAUUGAUGGCCUCAAUGAAAAGCUGAGAGUGCUCCAACGGGACAAUGACGACGAACUCAAAAAAGUCAAGGCUGAUCACGAAGCUCAAGUUGAACAGCUGCGUGGUCUAUUGCGACAGGUUGCGGAAGAUGCAGCCGAUGGUGAACGGGAGGCGCAAGAGAACUUCAAGAAUAUGCUCGAAGCUUUGGCUAGUCGUCAUAAAGCAAAAGUAAGAUCGGAUGCCGAAGACGCUGAGUCGCGUUACAAUCUCAUGGUUGAAGAGUUUGAACGUCAACUCGCAGACCUCAAGUUACGUUCAAGUACGGAAAUGGCUGAGGCUACAAAACGUCUGGACCAGGCCCAAGCGGAUUUCGAGCAGCAAUUGAAGGAUAUUGGUGAAGUUCAGAAAAAGGAGAUUAACGUGAUGAAAUUCCGUCACUCGAGCGCCUUAGAAGUUCGUGAUUCUAGGAUCGAGGAGUUAGAGAACAUGCUGCUCACACGUGAAGGUGAUGUUGAAAAGAUGAGGGCAAGUCAGUCUGGAGAUGCAAUCUCAAGUCGUAGACAGUUAACAGACUUGCGUAUUAGCAUUGAAGACCUGAAGACGAAAUCAACCGCUGACGCAGAAGAAGCCGAGCGUCUGACGAAGCGUCUCGAGCAUGAGAUUGCUGCUUUACGUUCGAAGAUUUUGUCGUUGGAAGGAGCUAACGAUGAUGCAGUCAUGCAGCUGAAGUCCCAACGGGGUGUGUUCUUGUGGCGAUUGCUUCUCAAUUCCGCUCGUCUGCGUGAUAAACACUCGCGUUUCCGAAAUAUUGCAGUCACGCACAGCAAGGCGACUAUAUCGGAAUUGAUCAAGCACAAGAUGACGGCGAACGCAACGAUCCGUACCCUGCAAGAUAAGGGUGGCAACGCAAAAGAAAUGAUGAAAGAGAUCGAGGCGUUGAAGAAGCACAUCGCGCAGCUCGAAAACGAUCAAGCAAAGGCGGAGCUCGAGCUGUUGCGUCAAAGAGCUGCAGGUACAGACGAAGCAGCUCGCUUGGACGAAAAACUCAAGGCCGCACAAGAAAAGCUCGUCGAGCAGAAUUUGAAACUUGCGCUCAUCCCAAAAUCACAAGCGCAAAUUUCACAACUUGAGGAAGAUAAACGUAAACUUGGGGCUGAGCUUGAUGGCUUGAGAGCGGCGUUGUCUGCUGCUGAACGGUCGUCGGAAGGAGCUAACGAUGAUGCAGUCAUGCAGCUGAAGUCCCAACGGGGUGUGUUCUUGUGGCGAUUGCUUCUCAAUUCCGCUCGUCUGCGUGAUAAACACUCGCGUUUCCGAAAUAUUGCAGUCACGCACAGCAAGGCGACUAUAUCGGAAUUGAUCAAGCACAAGAUGACGGCGAACGCAACGAUCCGUACCCUGCAAGAUAAGGGUGGCAACGCAAAAGAAAUGAUGAAAGAGAUCGAGGCGUUGAAGAAGCACAUCGCGCAGCUCGAAAACGAUCAAGCAAAGGCGGAGCUCGAGCUGUUGCGUCAAAGAGCUGCAGGUACAGACGAAGCAGCUCGCUUGGACGAAAAACUCAAGGCCGCACAAGAAAAGCUCGUCGAGCAGAAUUUGAAACUUGCGCUCAUCCCAAAAUCACAAGCGCAAAUUUCACAACUUGAGGAAGAUAAACGUAAACUUGGGGCUGAGCUUGAUGGCUUGAGAGCGGCGUUGUCUGCUGCUGAACGAUUACAACAUCAACAGCCAGUCUCGGAUGUUAAUGACUCUCUCUUCGUCGUAUUGAAAGAGCGCAUCACGCAUCUCGAGCAAGAGCUUGUCGAGAUGGAGCGUAAUCACACCACGAACAUCGAGAAAAUCACUAUGGAGAACAAGUUUGCGCUUGAGAAAGAAGUAAACGAUCGUGAGAGUGCCGCUCGUGGCUACGCCCGUAUCAUCGAAGAUCUCGAAGGCGACCUCGCUGAGAUGACGUCUUCACGUGAUGUCGCCGUUUCAGAUAUGAUGCAACUACGACUCAGACUGGAUGAGCUCGAACGUACUGCUAAGGCGAAAUCCGUCGAGUCAUCAGGUAACAACAGCAAUAUUCGCGACUUGGAGCGCGAGAUCCACGUACUUCGAACAAAGAUUGAUCACCUUGAAGCUGAGCUUGCGACGGAGCGAAGUGGGCGCGAACGUGAAGCAAAGGCGCAUCGUGAUAAGCUCGCGGCGAGAGAUCGUGAGGUUUCAAACAUCUCAAAUGCGCACCAAAUAGCGUCUGAGGAAACUAUUCGUGUGAGAAAGGAACUUACACUUAAAAUCACGAGUCAAACGACGCACAUAGAGCGUCUGGAGAUGCAAGUCAAGGAGCUCAAGGCGGCGCACGAUGCGAUGCAGAAUGACUUGGAUGCCGAAGCGGCUCGCUCGAGUGCGAAGUCUGCUGACUUGCUUACCGCAGAGCACAAGCUGAACAACGAAAACGAUUCAUUGAGGCAAAAACUCGCUGAUGCCCUUGAGGAGACUGAUCGUUUACGGCUGGAGAAGGAUUUUAUCGCGAAGGAGUUCAACUUUUUCCAAAUCGAGUCGAGACAAAGCGCGGACUUGCUUCAGCGCAAGUUGGAACGCACUCAAGCGCAGUUGAACGAUGCAGAAGUCCAGAUAGCAAAGCUUCGCGCGCAAGUCCAGGAGUUCGCAGCUGAACAAGAAGAACUCAUGUUCGAAAGCCAGCGUAUUCAAAAGGGAAGCGAUGUCAAGAUCACAAAACUACAAAGUGAGCUGUCCUCGAUGCGCAUCCAGUACGAAGAACAAAGUCGAGAGCUGUCGGAUUCGCUGCAGCAACGAAUCGAUGCUCUUCAGGAAGAACUCGACGCUGAACGACAUGAAUCUACGAAGGCGCGAGAAAGUGCUGUACGUGAGGUGGAAGCGUCUCGUACGGGCGAAGAGGAGAUGCGGGCAAAAGUUUCCGACCUCGAGUCUGCAUUUGCCACAGCGCGCGAGGAUGCCACAGCUCUGGAAGAAGACCUCAAGGCCAGUCAAGAGGCUUUAGAGUACGCCGAAAACUGGGCAAAGAUGAGCGACAAACGAGCGCAAGGCGCUGAAGACUUCGUCAUGACGCUCAAGGUUGAGAUAGCUGAGCUGAAGAAGUCAUUGGCUACUGCGAAGGCGCAACCUGACGACGGCAAAACGAAAGAGCUCGAGAAGCUUCUUAAUGAAUGUCAAGAGAAAUGUCAGUCGCAAAUGACUGAAAUAAAUGAGUUGCAGAAGUCGUCGGCUACUGCGAAGGCGCAACCUGACGACGGCAAAACGAAAGAGCUCGAGAAGCUUCUUAAUGAAUGUCAAGAGAAAUGUCAGUCGCAAAUGACUGAAAUAAAUGAGUUGCGUACCGAACGGGACAAACUCAAGGCGAAACCGGAACCCGUUCCGGUAAACCCGAAUGUUAGCUCUGAGAAAGUGAACUUUGACUUGGGCGAAGAGUUCAAGCUCGAUUUACCAGAAAUUCCAGAGAGACAUCCGGCGUCGCCACCACCGAAGCCGGUGUACGCACCGCCGCCACCACUGAAGCCGGUCUACGCGCCGCCGGAGCCCGAGCGCGAGUACGAAUACGACGUGUCAACAGAAAUGCAGCGUUCGUAUACGACGACAAAAGAUGUUGUGACAACGUAUUCAGACGAGAUCGAAGAGUUCGAAGACGACGAGCCGAUGAAUUACGGUGUGAUUGAGGAGGAGGAGGAAGUCCUCGAAAUUGUCGAGUACGAUUCCGAUGGCAAUGAAAUUAUAGUUGAGAGUAGAACGCUCGAACCCGGUGAGGAACUCAAUGCCAACACAGUGCUUGAUGACUACUCUGAGAGGAACUCUCGGAGCGAGCCAGCCACGACGGUUGCUCGUCGAGGUGGUCUGUGGGCUCGCAUGGACGAUGCCGCAGAAGGUAUCAUGGAUUAG